GACCUGCACUAGGCGCAUGCGCUGCUCAGGGCCGGCCUCAUCCAAGGCCAUGGCGUGGGUACCAUCGGAGUCUGCAGUGGAAGAGUUGAUGCCCCGGCUAUUGCCGGUGGAGCCCUGCGACUUGGCGGAAGGUUUCGACCCCUCGGUACCUCCGAGGACGCCUCAGGAAUACCUGAGGCGUGUUCAGAUCGAAGCUGCUCAGUGUCCAGAUGUUGUGGUAGCUCAAAUUGACCCAAAGAAGUUGAAAAGAAAGCAAAGUGUGAAUGUUUCUCUUUCAGGAUGCCAACCUGCCCCUGAAGGUUAUUCCCCAACACUUAAGUGGCAACAGCAACAAGUAGCACAGUUUUCAACUGUUCGACAGAGUGUGAACAAACAUAGAAGUCACUGGAAAUCACAACAGUUGGACAGUAAUGUGACUAUGCCAAAAUCUGAAGAUGAAGAAGGCUGGAAAAAAUUUUGUCUGGGUGAAAGGUUAUGUGCUGAAGGGGCUAUUGGACCAGCUACAAAUGAAAGUCCUGGAAUUGAUUAUGUACAAAUUGGUUUUCCUCCAUUGCUUAGUAUUGUUAGCAGAAUGAAUCAGGCAACAGUAACUAGUGUCUUGGAAUAUCUGAGUAAUUGGUUUGGAGAAAGAGACUUUACUCCAGAAUUGGGAAGAUGGCUUUAUGCCUUGUUGGCUUGCCUUGAAAAACCUUUAUUACCUGAGGCUCAUUCACUGAUUCGGCAGCUUGCAAGAAGGUGCUCUGAAGUGAGACUCUUGGUGGACAGUAAAGAUGACGAAAGAGUUCCUGCCUUGAAUUUAUUAAUCUGCUUGGUUAGCAGGUAUUUUGACCAACGUGAUUUAGCUGAUGAGCCAUCUUGAUGUAGCUGAUUUCUGAGGGAUAGAAGCUAUUUCUACUGAAGGCAGCCUAAGUCUGAUGAAGUGCAAUGCCAAUUCAAGUACAGGCURUUAUCACUUCUUCAACACUGUGUGAAAGGUCUUCAUUUUAACCUGUGCAACUCAAGUUGAUAAACAGAAUAUAGACUGAAUUGAUUUUCUGAAAUAUCUUUGGAAAAUCCCACUUGGUGUUUGAUGAACAAUUUGAAUAGUUUUCUACAGUCACAUGAUUUAAAAUAAAUUGAGUGCCAGUUAUUGGUGAAGAUGCCUGAAUAGAAACUGUGUGAUGAAAUUUUAUAAAGGUCCCCGGUGCUAUUUCAUUGUUCAUUACAUGUCUUCAUAUAAAUUUUGUUGAAAAUGUGUUUUGGUUACCAAAUCUUUGUUUUACUUUUGAACAAAACAAGAUAAUGUCCUUAGAAUUAGAAAAUAAUCUAGAUUAAAUGGYAAAUGUGAGUCAACAACAGAAUUAAUCAAAUGUUUUCUCUUUAAGCUCAAUAAGUUUAUUAAGUGCUUUAUUGCAUAAACAACUUUUUCUAACAAAUCAUUUUCAAAAAUACCCUACUAAGAGGUAGAGUGUUUUAAUUUUUCUGACAAGUCUUUUGUUUGUAUGAAUUUAUCUGUUUCUGCAUCAAAUAGGAAUGCUUUCUACUUGAGGAACAGAAGGUUUAAGUGGCAAUGAUUAUACAAAUAGGAUUUAUUUUCCUCACAGAACAAGAAAAUAGAGGAACGGGCCACUGGCCUUGGUUCAGUGACUCAACAAUACCAAAGUCUCAGAUUUCUUUAGCCUUCCCUUCAUGGCAACAAGAUUGCUGCUACAGUUGAAGGCAAUGUGUCUCUAUUCAAGACAGAAAAGGCUAGUGGUGCACACCUAUAGUUGCAGCAGUUUGUCAUGAUUCCUGACGCAGGAAGAUCACAGCCUCAGCAACUUAGUGAGACCCUC